AUGACCGAUAGUGACUCAUCAUUAAUAUCUUAUAUAUGGACUGGUUUAAUCGGUAAUGGGGCAAGGAAAAGAAGUAAUGCAGAAAAACGAAAACCAGAUGAAGAUGAAUCAGUAUUAUCAGCAGUCGAACGACAAACAGAAAAUUCACGUAAAGGUGGAACUAUUUGGGAAGCUGUACGUAAAGCAGAUGAAGCUGCAUUAAAACGUCUUCUUGAGGAUAAUCCAAAUCAUGCUGAUGCACGUGGUCCUGUUGGAGAAUGUCCUAUUCAUAUGUUACUUUUAUAUGGAACUGAAGCUCAUCUUAAGUUGGCUCGAUAUUUAAUGACAAAUUUUCCACAUACAAUAACACAAAUCUAUAAUCUAGCUGAAUAUUAUGGUGAAAUACCUCUUCAUAUUGCAAUUAUUAAACGAAAUCCAACUAUGGUUGAAUGGUUAUUAGGUGAUGAACGUAAUAAAGCCUAUGAAGAACAACAAUUAACAGCAGCUGCUAGUGGACAUUUUUUUCGAGUAGGUCGACCUUGUUAUUAUGGUGAAAGUCCAUUGGCAUUUGCUUGCUGUACUAAUCAAUGGAAUAUAGCAGAAAUUUUACUUAAAUAUGGUGCUUCUAUGGAUGCAGUUGACUCAAAUGGAAAUAAUAUAUUACAUUUACUUGUGAUUCGUAAUUUACCGGAAAUGUAUACUACAUUUAAACAACGUUGGUUAGAAGAACAAGCAGAAGACGAGUCAAGUGAUGAAGAUGAUGAUGAAUAUUAUCAAUUAGAGAAAGCUCACGUUACUCCAUUAUGGAAACGCUUAAAUAAAGAUGGUUAUACACCAUUAACAUUAGCUGCUAAAUUAGGUCAAGCUGAUAUGUUUGCAUUUUUACUUGAGGAACGUAAAAUAACUCAAUGGAGUUUUGGACCUGUUGCAUGUGUACUUUAUCCACUUGAUCAAGUCGAUUUAGAUUUUCGAGAAGGGAAUCUUGAAACACCUGUUGGUGCACUUGAAUUAAUUGUACAAAAUGCCCAUGUUGAACUUGUUAUGCAUCCACGUAUGAUUGAUUUAGUUAAUAAAAAAUGGGAACGAUUUGCUAGACGAAUUUUUUUUAAUCGAUUUCUUAUUACAUUGUCGUAUUUAUUAAUAUUUCUUAUUACAACUAUACUUGAUCAAACACGAACAGAAACGACUGAAGGUGAAGGUGAUGACGCAGUAACAAUAAGUGUUGAAUCACCAGGAAUAAUUUGUCAAACAAUAUGUAGUAUAGGUCGUUUAUUGGUCUUAGCAGGAGCUAUAUGGAAAGGCAAAGGUGAACUUAAAGAGAUAAGAACUUUAGGUAUACGAAAAUAUUUUCAAACAGCGGGUUCUGCUUUUCUUGAAAAUUGUUUAGCAUGUUCAUUUUGUGCAUCUAUUUAUACGGUUAAUAUUCUACGAAUAAUAGGUAUGGAAGCUGAAAUCCCAUGUUUAGCAAUAGCAUCAUUACUUGGUUGGGGUUAUAUGCUUUUUUUUGUUAUGGCAUUUCGAUUAACUGGUCCAUUUGUUGUGAUGAUAUAUGAAAUGCUUUUUAAUGAUGUUCUUCGAUUUUGCAUUAUUUAUGUAGUAUUUCUUAUGGGAUUUUCACAAACAUUUUUCAUUUUAUUUAAUUAUAAUGGUUUUACUGGUUUCAUUGUUAGUAUUAAACAAUGUUUUUUAGGCACGUUAGGAGAUUUUGAUCUUGAUGCUUAUACAGCUACAAGAUAUGCUUACUUGAAUGUAUUAAUUCUUAUCAUUUAUAUAAUUGUUGUAACAAUUUUAUUACUUAAUUUACUUGUUGCUAUGAUGGGUGAUACAUAUGGAAAUAUUAUUGAAGAUGCAACACAAGUAUGGUAUUUAGAACGAGCACGUAUUGUAUUUGCAAUUGAAAAUGAAAUGGAAACUGAAGAACGAAAUUUACCAAGAAAUAAAUAUUGGACUAAUGUUGAUGGUGAACGAUAUUUACAAGUUGAAGAAGUUAAUGAAAAAGAUUUUCUUGCCCAAAAUAACAAUGAUGAAACUGGUGCUAAUAAUGAAAAAGAAAAAUUGAAGCAAAAAUAUUCUAGUGAAAAUACAACUGAACUCUAA